AUGGGUCGCAAGAGGAAGCAGCAGCUGAAGCCAUGGUGCUGGUAUUGUAAUAGAGAUUUUGAUGAUGAGAAGACCCUUAUACAGCACCAAAAAGCAAAGCAUUUUAAAUGUCAUAUAUGUCAUAAGAAAUUGUAUACAGGACCUGGCUUAUCUAUUCAUUGCAUGCAGGUGCAUAAAGAGACAAUAGAUGCAGUACCAAAUGCAAUACCUGGGAGAACAGACAUAGAGUUGGAAAUAUAUGGUAUGGAAGGUAUUCCAGAAAAAGACAUGGAUGAAAGAAGACAACUUCUUGAACAGAAAACACAAGCAGAGAGUCAAAAAAAGAAGCAACCAGAGGAUUCUGAUGAAUAUGAUGAUGAUGAUGACUCUGCAGCUUCAACUUCAUUUCAACCACAGCCUGUUCAACCUCAACAAGGUUAUAUUCCCCCAAUGGCACUACCAGGACUACCACCAGUUCCAGGAGCACCAGGAAUGCCUCCAGGCAUACCUCCAUUAAUGCCAGGUGUUCCUCCUCUGAUGCCAGGAAUGCCACCUGGAAUGAUACCAUUGGGUGGAAUGAUGCCACCUGGACCGGGAAUACCACCUCUGAUGCCUGGUAUGCCACCAGGUAUGCCCCCUCCUGUUCCACGUCCUGGAAUUCCUCCAAUGACUCAAGCACAGGCUGUUUCAGUGCCAGAUAUUCUUAACAGACCACCUACACCAACAGCAACAGUUCAAGCUCCACAGCCUCCAGUUACUAAGCCUCUUUUCCCCAGUGCAGGACAGGCUCAGGCAGCUGUCCAAGGACCUGUUGGUACAGAUUUCAAGCCCUUAAAUAGUACCCCUGCAACAACUACAGAACCCCCAAAGCCUACAUUCCCUGCAUAUACACAGUCUACAGCUUCAACCACUAGUACAACAAAUAGCACUGCAGCUAAACCAGCAACUUCAAAAACAAGUAAGGCUGCUACACUUACGACAACCAGUGCAACCAGUAAGUUGAUCCAUCCAGAUGAGGAUAUAUUGCUGGAAGAGAGAAGAGCACAGUUACCUAAAUAUCAACGUAAUCUUCCUCAACCGGGAGAGGCUCCCACUGGCAAUCCACCCAUUGGACCAAUUGGAGGUAUGAUGCCACCACAGCCAGGCAUCCCACAGCAACAAAGAAUGAGACCCCCAAUGCUGCCUCAUGGUCAGUAUGGUGGUCAUCAUCAAGGCAUGCCAGGUUAUCUUCUUGGUGCUAUGCCGCCGUAUGGGCAGGGACUGCCAAUGGUGCCCCCUUACCAAGGUGGGCCUCCUCAACCUCCGAUAGGAAUGAGACCUCCUGUAAUGUCGCAAGGUGGCCGUUACUGA